CUCCGACAACAAACAAAAGAUCGAGGCUAGCUGAGCUCAUUACACUCUGUCGAUCCGUCUAGCCUAACGUUAGCCGUUACUUUGCUCCCAUCAACGACGAACAUUUCCUACCGAUCGUGCGCGGCAGACUGCUCUUUUCUAGUCUCCGUAUCUCUAGCUUUGUGUCAGCUAAUGUCAACCUGAGUCAUUUCUGCGAUCGCUGAAGCUAAACGCCAGGUUAGCAUCUCGGCUAACCAGCUCUGGCUGCCCAACGAAGCCAGUUAGCUUAGCCUGGUAGCUUAGCCUGUUAGCUUGCCUUAGCUUUAAAACUUGAUACUGACUGACACAAGAAGCUCUGGCUUGUUAUUGACAAGCCAACUGACUGAAACUCGUGCCGUAGCCAUGUCUGGUCAGUCGUCGGGCUGUGGGUUUCUGAUGUCGGUGGUUGUACACGGAGACUCGGCUCUAAACGAGCAGGAAAAGGAGCUCAACCAGCGGCUCCGACGGCUCUAUCCGGCCGUUAAUGAAACAGAGACUCCGCUGCCCCGCUCCUGGAGCCCGAAGGACAAGUUUAGCUACAUCGGACUCUCCCAGAACAAUCUUCGGGUACAUUAUAAAGGUCAUGGCAAAACUCCUAAAGAUGCAGCCUCUGUACGGGCCACCCACCCCAUCCCUGCAGCCUGUGGGGUCUACUACUUUGAGGUGAAAAUCAUCAGCAAAGGCCGAGAUGGGUACAUGGGCAUCGGCCUCUCAGCUCAGGGUGUAAACAUGAACAGACUCCCUGGUUGGGACAAGCACUCAUACGGUUACCACGGAGAUGAUGGCCACUCCUUCUGCUCAUCUGGCACCGGGCAACCCUACGGACCCACGUUUACAACAGGCGACGUGAUUGGCUGCUGUGUUAACCUAAUCAACAACACCUGCUUCUACACAAAGAACGGCCACAGCUUAGGUAUCGCCUUCACAGACCUACCACCAAACUUGUACCCAACGGUGGGCCUUCAGACUCCAGGGGAGGUGGUGGAUGCAAACUUUGGCCAGCACCCCUUUGUGUUUGAUAUUGAGGACUACAUGCGUGAGUGGAGGACGAAGAUCCAGGCGCAGAUCGACCGCUUCCCCAUCGGAGAGCGUGAGGGCGAGUGGCAGUCCAUGAUCCAGAAGAUGGUGGCUUCCUACCUGGUGCAUCACAGCUACUGUGCCACAGCCGAAGCCUUUGCCAAAUCCACAGACCAGGCCGUGCACGAGGAGCUGGCCUCCAUCAAAAACAGACAGAAGAUCCAGAAGCUGGUGUUGUCAGGUAGAAUGGGCGAGGCCAUCGAGACCACCCAGCAGCUCUACCCCAACCUCCUGGAGAGGAACCCAGACCUUCUCUUCAUGCUCAAGGUGAGACAGUUCAUAGAGAUGGUGAAUGGGACGGACAGUGAGGUGAGGUGUCUGGGUGGUCGCAGCCCGAAGUCUCAGGACAGUUACCCCGGCUCUCCCCGGCCCUUCAGCAGCCCCAGCCACAAAGCCAGCAGCUCCCAGCCCUACCUCCCAGGGUUCGACAGCAACUGCUGUAAUGGUGUGACGUCUAAUAAGAGCCACAGCUCCUCCCCCCACAGUCACAAACCCUGCCCCCCAGGCUCUGGCUCCACUCUCCCUGCAUCGGAGAUCAGCCUCAACGGGAGUCGCAGCCAACUGCCUAUAACCAGCGAUGUGGAUAUGGAGGUUGACCACUUCACCAACGGAGUGACAGAAUCAUCCUCCAAUGGUUUCCUCAAUGGCAGCUCCAAACACACCACGGAGCCUGAUGACUGUGAUGCAGACAUGGAGGUGGAGUCGGCUCAGUCCAAAAGGCAGCUGUGUGGCGGGAGCCAGGCCGCUAUCGAGAGGAUGAUCCACUUCGGCAGGGAGCUCCAGAGCAUGAGUGAACACCUCCGCCGUGAGUGUGGCAAGAACUCCGCCAACAAGAAGAUGCUCAAGGAUGCAUUCAGCCUGCUGGCCUACUCAGACCCCUGGAACAGCCCGGUCGGCUACCAGCUGGACGCCAUUCAGAGAGAGCCCGUCUGCUCCACUCUCAACAGUGCAAUAUUAGAGACUCACAACCUGCCCAAGCAGCCGCCGCUGGCUCAGGCCGUGGGUCAGGCCGCCCAGUGCCUCGCCAUCAUGGCACGAACUGGCAGCGGCUCCUGCGCCUUCGCCUCUGUGGACGAUUACCUGCACUAGCCCCGCGUGCACACAACCACACACACAUUUACACACAUGAACACACACCUGUCCAGAAACGGCUCCAUCACCUCCUCCAUCAGUGUAGUGACAUCAGCUAGUAGGAAGUUAACCACCUCACUGCUUCUUGUUCUGCUUUUACCGACCGGCACCAACGCCACCGAGGAUCAGGAGCCGUUUCUGGGUGGAUUUUUACACGAACAUUACACAAAAUACACACUUUAAACACACACACUUGCCCACCACCUCCCUCUCCAUCUUAAGUAUGAAAUUAUGCCUCUGCCUUGGUUCGGCCUCACUAAUCCCGCCCCCAGCUGUCUGAUGUUGCGGCCGUCUGCAUCGCUGUGACUGACUGACAGCGGGGACGCCAGCCAAGAGUAGCCGACUUGAAAAUCCCCGGAGAGCCGAACUCAUGUGGAUUUGCUGCAGCCUCCCUGUGUACCAGAGGAACAUCAAUGCCAGGGUCCAGUAACUGACAAAAAAAAAAAAACCCUGGUUGAUGAGAAAAUAAAAAAAUAAAAAAAACAACAGGAAGCGGAUGAGUGACUGUCAUGGCUGACCGCCCUUUAACAUGGUCGUUGGACGACCAUUAAACACGCUCACGCUGACACAGAGGCAGGCUGAUGCUAAAAGUAGGAUCCACCAAGGCUCCGUGAGGCACAGCCCACCCCCGUCUCCCCCUACACCUCCUCCCCGCCCCCUUUUACCCCGCCCUCCACUCACUUCAGGACUACAGCGGAGAUUUGUGUAACGCAUGUGGACUUGGGACUUCGCAGAAGCCAGAGAGAAUCUAGAGUCUCGACUCGACGUUUCCUGUUUUUAAACUUUUUUUGUUUGUUUUUGUUUUCACCGGGGCGGAGUGGGCGGGGCGGGGGGGAGGUUACCUGGCUCUUGUUUUGUUUUAGUUUUUUCCAGGUUUACAAGGCAUGGUGCGGACGAUGACUAUUAUUAUUAUUAUUAUUAUUCUAAUUAUCAUUAUAUUAAUUAUUGUUGCAUUCACAGUAUAUUUGUUGAGCGCCAGCGAGAGAAAGUUCCACCAACUUAUGAUAAUAAAGCUCCCGAUUCCACCGA